AUGUAUCUCUCUGUUGUUCGUCAAGAGCAACAACUACAACAGGGAGAUGCUACUGUGGAUGAUUUCUACAAGGAGAUGUCGGCGGUGUGGCGCCAAUUGGACUCUCUGGGAGCUGAUGUUUGUCGCAGAUGUCAGUGUUGUGUGCGGCAACAAGCUAAGCUGGAGGUUCGUCGCCUCUACGACUUCCUCACUCGCCUCCGGCCGGAGUUCGAGCAGAGUCGUGCUCAGCUAUUGGCACGCCAUCCUCGGCUCUCUACUCUGGAGGCCCUUGCUGAGGUGCGAUCUGAGGAGGUGCGCCUACGGAGCACGGGCUUAUUGCCAUCCUCUUCAGCAGUCCUGGCUGCCCGCGUUCCACCACCGCUGCCUGGUGUGCCCUCUUCUACACAGGUGGCAGCAACCUCCACUAGUGCUUUCUGCAACUACUGCAAGCAGGAUGGUCACAUGAUCACGGAGUGCAUCAAGAGGAGGAAACAGGGUCGCCGUGGUGGCCGUCCUCAAAAGGACUCGGGAGGCUCCUCUAAUUCUCGUGAGGGCUCCCUUGACACCAUCCUCAGGUUCACCAGGAGAUGCUCACCUUGCUGCGCCGCCUUACUGCUUCUGCACCAUCCUCAGGUUCUGCUGGUUCUGCUGGUCAGACGUCUGGUCCACCACCGCACUCUUCGUCAGGAUCGUCGUACGGGGACUCUGGUUGGGAUCGGUCCUCGGCGCCAUGACUCUCAGCGCCUUUGGGAGCUCGAUUGGCUGCGCCUUCCUUCCGCUGCGUCCUCUAGCCAGUCGGACAUCACCACCCCUUUUGCUUCAGCUGCCACCUCCACCACAUCCUUCGCUCAGUGGCAUCAUCGAUUGGGUCACAUUUGUGGCUCCCGCUUGUCUUCUUUGGUUAGGAGUGGUGUUCUAGGGUCUGUAUCUGGUGAUAGUUCACUAACUUGUAUGGGUUGUAAGCUUGGCAAGCAGAUACAACUUCCAUAUCCCUCUAGUAAUUAUGUUUCUCAACGACCUUUUGAACUUGUUCACUCUGAUGUAUGGGGUCCUGCCCCCUUUGUUUCGAAAGGGGGUCACAAAUAUUAUAUAAUUUUCAUUGAUGAUUUUUCUCCCCACACUUGGAUCUACUUUAUGUCAUCUCGUAGUCAAGUGCUUCAAAUUUACAAGUCGUUUGCUACCAUGGUUCGCACUCAGUAUGAUUCCUCUGUUCGAGUUUUUCGUGCUGAUUCGGCUGGCGAGUACUUAUCUCGUGCGCUUCGUGGUUUCCUUGCUGAACAGGGUACCCUUCCUCAGUAUUCCUGUCCUGGUGCACACGCUCAAAAUGGGGUGGCUGAACGCAAACAUCGUCACGUCCUUGAGACUGCUCAGGCUCUUCUUUUAUCUUCUGUUGUUCCCCUGCACUUUUGGGCUGAGGCUGUCUCUACCGCUGUUUAUCUCAUUAAUAUUCAGCCUUCUGUUGCUCUUCAGGGAGGGAUACCAGUUGAUCAUCUAGGUGAUGGUCCAGCUGAUUAUAGUGGUCUACGCCUGUUUGGUUGUGCCUGUUUUGUUCUUCUCCACCCUCAUGAACACACCAAAUUGACUGAUCAAUCUGUUGAAUGUGUUUUCCUUGGCUACAGUUUGGAGCACAAAGGUUACCGUUGCUGGGACCCUAUUGCUCGAAGACUGAGAAUCUCCAAAGAUGUCACUUUUGAUGAGUCUCGCUCCUUCUACCCUCGUCAUUCUUCUACUGCCACAACCGAGUCGUUAGUCGAGCCUCUCUCUUUUUUGACUCUACCUGAUUCUUCACCUUUAUCGUCACCUGGUAGGUCCACUCCUAGCCUUUCACCUGUGUCUGCUCAUGAGCUUCAGCUUACACAGGAUGAGGUUUCUAUUCCUGACUCUCCUACUCGGGUUGAGCCAUCCACUCUCUCUCCUUUUCCUUUUACCUACUCCCGUCGUGCUCAACACCCUUCUCCCUUGAUGCGCCACCUUCCACUUCCCCUCUCUCUCCGCUUCCUUUUGUCUACUCCCGUCGUGCUCGGCACCCUUCUCCCUCGGAUGCGCCCACUUCCACUUCCACUCCUUCCCUGUUGGGUCCCAUUCCUUCAGAACCACCUACCCCUCCUGCUCCUCGGUAUAAUCUGCGUGAUCGCCACACUCUCCAGCCUCCUGCGUACUAUGUUGCUGCUGCUACCACUCUUGUUGAGCCGUCUACGUAUCGUGAGGCUGCUGCUCAUUCUGAAUGGCAGCAUGCUAUGGCAGAGGAAAUUCAUGCUCUUGAGCGCACAGGCACUUGGGACCUUGUACCCCUGCCUACAGGCGUUAGACCCAUCACUUGCAAAUGGGUCUACAAGGUUAAGACACAUUCAGAUGGUUCUCUCGUGCGCUACAAAGCUCGUCUUGUUGCGCGUGGCUUCCAGCAGGAGUAUGGUCGUGACUAUGAUGAGACUUUUGCUCCUGUUGCUCACAUGACCACUGUUCGCACUCUUUUGGCUGUUGCUGCUGUUCGGCAGUGGUCCAUCUCUCAAUUAGAUGUCAAGAAUGCCUUCUUGAAUGGUGAGCUGCGGGAAGUGGUCUAUAUGCAGCCGCCUCCUGGCUAUACUGUCUCUGAUGGCACUGUCUGUCGCCUUCGGCGCGCUCUUUACGGGCUGAAACAAGCUCCUCGUACCUGGUUUGAGCGUUUCUCCGCCGUCAUCACAAGGAUCGGGUUCUCUGCUAGUGUUCAUGAUCCUGCUCUGUUUAUUCACACUUCUCCUCGCGGUCGCACCCUUUUACUACUCUAUGUUGAUGACAUGAUUAUCACAGGGGCUGACCACCAAUUCAUUGAUUUUGUGAAGAAACGUCUACAUGAGCAAUUCUUGAUGACUGAUUUGGGUUCUCUUCGCUACUUUCUUGGACUUGAGAUCAUUUCUUCCCCUGAGGGUAUUUAUCUCUCUCAAGAGAAGUACAUCCAAGAUCUUCUCACUCGUGCCUGCCUCACUGAUCAGCGCACGGUUGACACUCCUAUGGAGUUUGGUCUCCAUCUUCGUCCUGGUGAGGGUGAACCCCUUGCAGAUCCCACACGCUACCGCCAUCUUGUUGGGAGCCUUGUCUAUCUAGGCAUCACUCGUCCUGACAUUUCUUAUGUUGUGCACAUUCUAAGUCAGUUUGUCUCUGCUCCCACUCAACUUCACUACAGUCACCUUCUUCGUGUUCUUCGUUACCUUCGUGGUACCGUGACUCGUCGCUUAUUCUUCCCUCGCUCCAGCUCUCUUCAGCUUCAGGCCUACUGUGAUGGCGUGAUGCUACCUGGGCCAGCGAUCCCACUGAUCGCCGCUCUCUCUCUGCCUAUUGUGUUUUUCUUGGCUCCUCCCUGAUUGCCUGGAAGACCAAGAAGCAGAAUGCUGUAUCUUGCUCCAGUGCUGAGGCUGAGCUGCGAGCUAUGGCGUCCGUGACUGCAGAAAUUACUUGGCUACGAUGGCUUCUUCAGGAUUUUGGUGUUUCCACUGCUACACCGACCCCUCUGCUCUCCGACAGCACUGGGGCACUCAGCAUUGCCCGUGAUCCUGUUAAGCAUGAGCUCACCAAGCACAUCGGUGUUGAUGCCUC